AAUCUUAUUAUGUUUUUAUAGACCCAACUCAUAAUAUUAUAAGAGCCAAGAAGAUAUAGAUAGCAAAGCAAAUUAGCAAGAGAGAUGGGUCGUAACAAUAAUAAUUCUGGGAAUUUUCUACAAGUUGUGGUUAACAACUUAGAUGUUCUUGCUUUGCCUCUGGUCACACUGGUGUAUCCCCUAUAUGCUUCAAUUAGGGCAAUAGAAACCAAGUCUCGUACCGAUGAUCAACAAUGGCUAACCUAUUGGGUUCUGUAUUCUCUGAUGACAAUCUUCGAGCUCACAUUCGCCAAAGUCCUUGAAUGCCUUCCUGUAUGGACUUAUGCCAAGUUGAUAUUCACAUGUUGGUUGGUGCUGCCACAAUUCAAUGGAGCUGCAUAUGUUUAUCGACGAUUCAUCAGACCAUACUAUAUGAACCCACAAACUGCUCAUCAGAUGUGGUAUUUCCCAAGAAAGAAGGGCGCCGGCCUCUUCAGCAAGCCGGAUGACGUUUUAACCGCUGCCGAAAAAUACAUGGAAGAGAAUGGGACUGAUGCAUUUGAAAGGCUCAUAAGCAAGGUUGAUCGAGAAAGAACCAGCAGGAAGAGCAACAAUUACAUGAUCUUUGAUGAUGAUUAUAUGUACUGAAUCACAGUGCCUGUCUUAAUUUUCUUAACAUUUAUGCUGAUCUUUUCCUGAAGAACAUUUUGUAUGCUACAUGUCUUAAUGUCAUUAAAUGGUGUGUGUCGAUUUGGCUUUGAGUA